AGGCCCGAGGCGCGUCGGCAGCCAGAGCAGACAGCGUUCCCCCACCUGCCGGAUCCUUCCUGGGCCCGUGCGCAAUGAAGACGGUGGCAGCCCUCGUCCUCGCCGCCUCGAUGACCUCCGCUAGGGCGGCCGCGGAGCAAGUCAACCCCAUCGGCAAGGUGCUGGAACUGAUCUCCGGUCUGCAGGCGAAGGUAAUCGGCGAAGGCGAGACGUCGCAGAAGGUGUACGAGUCGUUCUCGGAGUGGUGCGAGGAGAGCAACAAGAAUCUUGCGUUCGACAUUAAGACAGCGAAGUCUGAGGUCCAGGACCUGAAGGCCGUCAUCAGCGAGGAGACCGCCAGGGUCGAUUCCCUCACGACGAAGGCCGAGGACCUAGCUGGGCAGAUCUCCACCGACGAGGCCGACCUGAAGGCGUCGACCUACAUCCGCGAGAGCGAGUCCAAGGCCUUCGAGGCGGAAAAGGUGGAGCUCGUGGACAUAAUCGACACGCUCAGCCGCGCCAUCGGCAUCCUCGAGAAACACGCGAGCGCGGCGCUCCUGCAGGCCGAUGGAGCUACGAGCUUGGUGGAGGCCCUGCACGUCAUGGUGCAGGCCUCUGGCUUCAGCGCCUCGGACGCCCAGCGCCUCACGUCGCUCGUGCAGCAGUCGCAGGACGCCGAGGGCGACAACGAGGGCGCCCCUAGCGCCUCCGUGUACAAGGGCCACAGCGGCGGCAUCGUGGAGGUGCUGCAGGACCUGCUUGACAAGGCCCAGGUCUCCUUGAAGAACGCGCAGAACAAGGAGACGUCGAACCUGUUCGCCUUCGAGAAGCUCAAGCAGUCCAUCGAGGACGAGAUCGCCUAUGGCAAGAAGGAGCUUGCGGAGGCCAAGGCGGGCAUCGCGGCCGCGAGCGAGAAGAAGGCGACGGCCACGGGCGAGCUCGAGGUGACCUCAAAGGACCUCGCCGACGACGUCAAGGAGUUGGGCGACCUGCACGAAAACUGCAUGACGACGGCGCAGACCUUCGAGGCGGAGGUUAAGAGCCGUGCGGAGGAGUUGAAGGCGCUCGCGGAGGCCAAGAAGGUCAUCACCGAGAAUACUGGCGGCGCAGAGUCUCUGUCUUACGGCCUGAGCCAGCAGGCCUUCCUGCAGCUUUCCUCUGGUACAGGCCUCGCGCACUUCGAGGCGGUCCGCUUCGUGCGGGACCUCGGGAAGCGCCAAAGCGCCCCGGCCCUCACUCAGCUGGCCAACCGCAUGGCGACCGAGAUGCGCGCUGGCGGGGCGUCGGCGGACAUCUUCGCCAAGGUCAAGGGUUUAAUCGCUGACAUGAUAGAGCGGCUGGAGAAAGAGGCGGACGCCGACGCUAAGCACAAGGCUUACUGCGAUAAGGAGCUCGCCUACGCUGACCAGAAGAAGGCGGACCGCGUGACGGAGAUCGAGAAGCUAUCCACCGCGAUCGACGAGAUGUCAGCACGCUCCGCGCAGCUGAAGGAGGAGAUCGCGACGCUGGAGAAGGAGCUGGCCACCAUCGCCACCGAACAGGCAACCAUGGACAAGAUCCGCGCCGCGGAAAACGAGGCGUACGUCAAGAACAAAGCGGACAUGGAGCAGGGUAUCAAGGGCAUCCAGAUGGCGCUCAAGGUCUUGACCGAGUACUACGCGUCGGACAAAGAGCACUCGGCGGCUGAGGGCGCUGGCCAGGGAAUAAUCGGCCUGUUAGAGGUGAUCGAGUCGGACUUCCAGAAGGGCCUCUCCGACAUGACGGGGGCUGAGGAGAGCGCCCAGGCGGAGCAUGAGCAGCUCACCAAGGACAACGAGAUCGCCACCGCGACGAAAACCCAGGACGCGAAAUACAAGACUAAGGAGUCUAAGGACUUGGACAAGGCGACCGCUGAGGCUCGAAGCGGAGUCGGACCGCGUCGGGGUGCAGACGGAGCUCGAAGCGGUGGAGAAGUACCUGGCCAAGCUGCACGAGCAGUGCGACGAGACCGCCCCGACGUACGAGGAGCUUGUCAGUCGCCGCUCUGCGGAGAUCGCUGGUCUCAAGCAGGCGCUGCAGAUCCUUGAAGGCGAGGCGGCCCUGGUCCAGCAGCGGAGCAGGCAUCUGACGCUGCAUGGCGUGCGGAGGCACUUGGCGUGAUGAGGGCCGCCUCUUGGCGCGCGGAGAGCCCCCUCCCCGGGCGGGGCGCGUUGGAGUCGAUGAACAAAUUGCGCCACCGAGGAUAGCCGCAUGCUUAUCUUAUGUUCCGUGUGCUCAUAUGUGCAUCAUGUCGUGCCCUGCUUCUCCACGCUUGUAAUUAGCAUGAUCCUCGUAUUGCAUUCCUCUGCGCAGGAUAUCACUCAUGGCUUCUCGUUCAAGGAGGCCGUCCUGACCCGGCGACUCAUCACUCUGAAGGUCUUCCACGCAGAAGGGAGUUGGAAGAUACGUUGUGUCCUGAAAGUGUCAGGUCUCGAGUCGGCCUGAUCAGCCGAAUAGAAGAAUUUCGCCGCGUCCCACCCCGCUGCCAGGGCCGCCUAUCGCGCGCGGUGCGCGACGCCGUCCACGUCGUGCAAAGCGUCGAUGCCAUGAUGCUCCGCUGCGAGUCGAAAAGUCUGCCGCCAAGGGGCCACGUCUUUCACACCCUCGUAGAAUUUAGCUUUGAUUCCGCCGAGCAUGCUGGGCCGCACGGCGAACAGGUAAAGGACAGGGACAUCAAUUUCGUGUUUCGGCUAUCCGUUGGAGUACCUGUUGAGGACUUGCCACAGGGUGGCAUCGUCGCCCCUCCGUUGACAACAGGUGCUGUGGGCCAUCAGCACGCUUCGUCGCAAAUGACGUAUACCUUUCGACAACAUUCGUUUCCGCCCGUGCGCACAGAAACGCUGCCGUCACCGACUCUCGCAGGUCGUGGGCCGAGGUCCUUGUAUCCAGCGGUCGUUUGUCUCCGCAGGCCCAGGAGGCAUCUGAAUGCGAGGGGUGCCAGUGGAACGAACAGAGGUAGUCAGCGUAACAGUUGGCGACCGCUGCGAGGUGAGACCUGCAUGGGCAUGGCCUUCGUCGGCUUGGUAUCCGAAGGCGUGACAGACGCGGAAAACAGACACUUUGGGUCAGCGCCCGCGUUGCCGGCCUCGUGCGCUCACCGAACCUUCGCUGGCGGCGGGCCAUCGUAUUCCCCCCAUCCUUCCUUGGCAGAUCAGAAGGAUUUGUUUUGUGAAGCUGGCCAGAUGCAGGGUUCAGCAGGUCUGUUUAUCUAGGUGCACUUCAGGUGACGUGUCUUCUGAAGUGAACUAACCUGACAUGUGGCGCCAGCUUGCACGAAUUAGCACUAACACCCGUUGCAAGGGUUCAUGUUGCGGGCGGAACAAUCGCGGCGUCGGGAUUCCGUGUUGCCCACUUCCUUUUCCGAAUUCCGUCUGCGGUAGCCGCGAAAGGUCUUUGACGUUAACGCCCCAGGCGUGGCUUUUUCUCCCCC